UCUCCCGGCGCCAUUUUGUCCGGUCAGGCGUCGCGGUGGCUGUGGCGAUGUCGAAGGACUCGGAGCGGGCCGCGUACAACUUGCCCCCGAUCGACGUUCCGGAACCCGAACCCCCGGUGCCCCCUUCCGGCCCGACUCUCUUCUUGGAGAAGCUCUUUUACUACACGGUAGACAGACCGGUCACCCUGUACAGAGAAUGGAUUGAACGCCAGCGUUCAAACAAUAAGAUUUAUUACUAUCACCGGGAGUUCCGCCGUGUGCCGGACAUUACAGAAUGCUUGGAGGACGACUACCUGUGCAUCUACGAAGCCGAGAUGCAGUGGAAAAGAGAUUUGCAGGUUGACCAGGAAAUUGUGAAAAUCAUACGGGAGAGGUUAGGUGCUUGCAAAGUCCGGGAAGGCGUGAAUGCAGCUGAAAAUUGUGCAAAGGACCUACAGCUAUUUAAAGAUGUGGCCAAAGCUUAUAGGGAUCGAUAUGAUGACCUAGGUGGUUUUGGAUCUGCUCGCAGGUGUUUAAUGAAGCAGAAGCAUCGGAUGAUUGCAGAAAGGAAGGCCCAAGCAGAGGCAAAGGCAUAGGUAGAAAAGAAAUGAGCUGCGUCUUUGGUGGGAAAUCAAGGGACAACUCUGGUGCAAUUCUGUGGCAGUUGAGGCUGAAGUGCAACUCAGCUGGAAAAUGAAUAAAUAUAUAAUCUUUA